AUGUUACCCAAAACGGAGAAGUCGCCCCAAAUAAUCGCCAAGGCAAGGACCCUACGUGGCGCCUGCUGGGGCGAAGAGUAUGAGAAAAUGAUAUCGGGGAUGUUGUACAGCCCCUUGGCUCCAGAGCUUAUCGAAGGCAGAGAAAAGGCUAGGCGGCUCAUGGCCGAGUUCAACGCUCCGCCAAAGCCUGAUAUUCCGUUCUCGGAUACGCUUUCCAAGAGAGAGGAAGCACUCCGGCAGCUGUUCGGUCGUGUCGGCGAUGGGGUGUAUAUCGAAGCUCCACUGUUCGUGGACUACGGAUGCAAUAUUAGUAUUGGGAAGGGCUUUUAUGCGAAUUUCAAUUUAACUGUGCUCGACUGCGGACUCGUUACGAUCGGAGACCAUGUUGAGAUAGGCCCCAAUGUCAAUAUCAUCACUGGUGAGCAUUUCACAGAGAUUAAUGCGCGGAGAGAGAACAGGGGGAAGGAGUUUACUAAGGAAGUUGUUAUUGGGAAUGACUGUUGGAUUGGUGCAAAUGUUACGAUUCUCGCAGGAGUGACGAUUGGGGAGGGCUGUACGAUUGGUGCUGGGGCGGUUGUUAAGAGGGAUAUACGCCCUUUUAGUAUUGCUGUUGGAGUUCCAGCGAGGGUUAUUAAAUAG